GAAUAGUGCUAGGUCUAUCUCUUUCUUUUAUCUCCCCUCUGUCAUCGACUUCUUUGAUUCUCAUUUACGAUCGACUUCCUCACUUGUUUGUCAAUCUAUCGUGACCAUGGAGUUCAAGCAUCUCCUCCUCGGCCUUAUGGCUGCGCAGCUAGUCGUUGGCAUCCGAUUUGCCAUGUACGUCGACCAAUACCACACGACCUUCCUCCCAAAAAAUGACCAGACGUCCGACAUCUCCCACGCCAUCAUGGCGUUCGCGGAAUCGACUCUUUUCAACUCGAGCUCCCCUCGUCCUUACAAACCAUUCGAGCCCGUUUCCACAUUCAAGCAGCGUUUCGGAGCAGAUACAAAGGUGAUGGUGGCUAUCGGUGGAUGGGGCGGUUCUGAGGGUUUCUCCAUCGGUGCUAGAGAUGAGAAGACCCGCGCUCAGUAUGCGAAGAACAUUGCGUCUAUGAUCAAGACUCACGGGUUUGAUGGCGUUGACAUUGAUUGGGAAUAUCCCGGCGGCAACGGCGCGGAUUACAAGAACGACCCCAACUCCGACAAGAAGGAAGAAGUCCACACGUUCCCCUUGUUCCUCGAGGCUAUUCGCAACGCAAUUGGAAAAGACAAGGUUCUUUCCGUCGCUGUGCCCGGAAAGACUACCGACAUGAUUGCCUUCACCAAGGAGACUGGCCCUAAGAUCUGGAAGUCUGUAGACUUUGUCAACGUCAUGAGCUAUGACUUGACCAACCGUCGUGAUAACGUUACUGGUCACCACUCGAGUGUUGCUGACUCGCUCAAGUCUGUGAAGCAGUACCUCGAUAUUGGUCUUGAAGCUUCGAAGAUCAACUUGGGCAUGUCGUACUACGCCAAAUGGUUCAGUACUAAGCCUGGUUCGGACUGUUCUUCUCAUCCUCUUGGUUGUGAACUUCUUCCUCUCGAGAACGCUGAUGGAUCGGACAAUCAUAAAUCUGGAGCCUUCACUUUUGAGAAAGGAAACUUGGCCGCUCCUCCCGCUAACCUUCCCAUCUCUUACGACGGUACCUGUGGCUUCGCAAAGGGCGCCAAGUGUCCUCCUGGCUCUUGCUGCAGCGCAGACAACUAUUGCGGCACAUCUGACGAACACUGCAUGUCCGGCUGCCUCUCCGACUACGGAACCUGUAAAGGCAUCUCCCUCAUCGAGUCCUGGCGCCGCGCCGAAAAGGGCGGUAUCACCGACCAGUCCGCGGGAGGAAAGUACUUUUGGGAUGAGAAAGAUAACUUGUUCUGGACGUGGGAUAGUCCUGAGAUGAUGGCUCGGAAGUUUACUGAGGUUGUUGAUGUGGAGAAGGUUGGUGGUGUUAUGGCUUGGAGUUUGGGAGAGGAUACCUAUGAAUUUGCGCAUGUCAAGGCGAUGCAGAAGGGGGUUGCUUCUCGUAAGUAGGGGUGGGAUGGUUCAUGGUCUGAGGAGUAUCUUUUCUUGUUGAUAGGUUACUUUCGUCUUUUGAGGGGCUGUUAUCGUGACCAGUGCGUUUCUUAGGAACUGAAUUAC